AUGUCCCUCCCACACACAUUCAACGAAAAGGUUCCACUCGCCAUUAUAGGUGGAACCGGUUUGUACAAAUUAGAUUCUUUAAUUCCGGUAGCAAAAGUAACAGUUUCAACGCCUUGGGGCCAUCCAUCUUCCCCAAUUACUAUCUCCAAGACGGCCUCGGGGAUGCCAAUUGCUUUUCUUGCAAGACAUGGUCAAACCCACAACCUGUUACCUACUGAUGUCCCAUCACAGGCGAACAUUGCAGCCUUAAAAUCUCUAGGUGUUAAGAUUAUAAUUGCCUUCAGCGCUGUUGGUUCAUUGCAGGAACACAUUCGUCCACGUGAUUUUGUCAUACCAAAUCAAAUCAUUGACAGAACAAAGGGUAUCAGGAAGUCAACCUUCUUCGAGAAAGGCUUUGUUGCGCAUGCAGGUUUCGGUGAUCCAUUUGAUGGAAAGAUUGGAGAUAUAAUUGCCAAAACUUGCAACGACGUUCUCGUUAAUGAGGAGGGCGUUCACGAUGGUAGACACAAGUUGCAUUCGAAAAAUACCGAUGGUGAUGACUUGACUUUGAUCUGUAUGGAAGGUCCUGCAUUCUCGACUAGAGCAGAGUCAAAACUGUACAAGUCGUGGGGAGGCUCUGUUAUCAACAUGUCAUGCAUUCCUGAAUCUAAAUUGGCUAGGGAGGCUGAAAUUGCAUAUCAGAUGAUAUGCAUGUCUACAGAUUAUGACGCGUGGAGAGAAGAUGCUGAACCAGUCACCGUUGAAACUGUUGUUGGCAACCUCAAGUCCAACUCGAGAAACGCACAUUUACUUUCUGAGCGUUUGAUCGAUGUAUUGGAACCUUUGAUUAAAUCGGGAGAGAUUGGUAAUGACUUACAAGGUACCAUGAAGAUGGCUGUCAGCACUUCAGAAAACGGUAGGGAUAAAGACGUCUUAGAGAAGAUGCAUUUCUUGUUCCCUGGCUACUGGCCUGUAAACGAUCAAACAAGAUGA